AUGCAAGAUGAAACAAAACAACAUUGUCGCCGUUCGAUUAUACGUGAAUUUUGUUUGAAUAUAUCUACUCAUGCUCUACCUGGUAUUGCUCGAAGUGAAACAAUUGUAGCUUAUUUGAAAUAUCCAACACAAAUCGAUGUAAGCUAUGUCAGUGAAUGGCCACAGUAUUUUCCAGCAUUUAGUCUUUGCAAUGCUUCACCACUUCGUUUUGAUAAAUUCAAGGAGCCAUUUUUCAACUAUAUUAAAACACGAAAUUUAACUGAUUCGAACGAUACAACAACAUUGCCACCAUUUCAAGCAUACUAUAUUAGAAAUUUUCUAAUAGAUAAAAUUAAUAGAAACGAAUCAUUGAAACCAUUGUUCUAUCCACUUUCUUGUAUGCUUUCUACAUGUUCGUUCAAUGUUGUACCAUGUUUAGAAACAGAUUUUCUUCCAUUUAUAUCAUCAACUUGUGGUUUAUGCUAUACAUUCAAUGCAAAAUUGAAAUAUAGUAAUAAUGACAGUAUACGUUAUGGAAACAAAAAUGGUGCUGAUGGUAAUCUCAAACUAGGUCUUUAUGUACACAAUCAUCAAUAUGUGCCUUAUGUCAGAGAUAGUAAGUGUAUAUUUGAAUAUCAUCGAAUAUAA